AUGACCUCGACGACGACCGACGACGACCAGGUCCCCUUGCACCACAGGAAAGCCUUUGGGUCGGGGCUGAAGCGCCAAAGGGUCGAGUUUGUACGCGCCUCCGCGUCCGACGGUGGCGCCGCGCCCGUCUCCGCCGAGAGCGGCCCCGAUUCCGGCGUGGGCGACCUGUACGCAAGCAUCGUCCUGGGCGGCCGACCGGCGCCGCCCACGCGCGGGAUUUCUCCCUCUCGACCCGAGCCGAGGGCCGGGGCCGCAGCCGCAGCCGCAGCCGCAGCCGCGUCCGAGACGUGCGCCGUCUGCAACGUGCGCGUCGCCACGUCCGCCGAGGAGCAUGAGGCGUCCCUGGCGCACCAGGUGAACGUGCCGCAUUCCCACCCGCCGUCGUCGUUGGACAGGUCCCGGAUGGGCCUGCGCGCCCUCCAGGCCCAAGGCUGGGAUCCAGACGCGCGACGCGGCCUGGGCCGCCGGGGAGAGGGAGUCCGGUAUCCCCUGACGGCCAAGCCAAAGGACGGUACCUCGGGCGUCGGAGCUGCGGCUCCCGAGAAGCGAAGGGCGACCGACGAGGCCGCCCCGCCUCGCAGGCUGUCAGGCAAGGAGCUGAAGGCAGCCGUCGCCCGGGACCAGGCGCGGGCGCAGCGCCUGCAGGAACACAUCUACGGCAGAGUCGAUGUUGACGCCUAUCUCGGAAGAAAAAUGGACGACUAG